AUGUCGCUCGCCACCCAGACAUCGACCCCGGCCGAACCGUCCUCGGCCACUCCCAAGCCGUACCCCGGCGCACAGUGGUCGUCGCUGUUUCUUCCCCAGACCACUCGAGCGGCCUUGGCCAUCGAAGCCGAGAAAAACCUGCUCCGCCAUGGUUCGAUCUACACCCAAACGACCGAGAUGGAGGUCGAGCACAAGCAGGUCCAGAUCAACGAGAGCGACUACAUCAACACCCUCAUCAUGCGGCCCAAGGCCAAGGUCAGUCCCGGUCCCGGCUCCGGUCCCGACUCGACACUCCCACCGGGCCCAAAGCGGGUCCUGGUUAUGGCUCACGGCUACGGCGCCGGCCUGGGAUUCUUCUACCGGAACUAUGCCGCCCUCAAGGUGCUGCAGGGUUGGGAAAUCUACUCGAUCGACUGGCUCGGCAUGGCCAACAGCAGCCGCGCCCGGCAGCUGCCCCGGAUCGACCGAAACCAGUCGGUCCUCGAAGCCACUCAGCAGACCGAAGACUACUUUGUCGAGAGCCUGGAAGAGUGGCGCACGGCAACCGGCAUCGACGAGAUGACCCUGAUGGGACACAGUCUCGGCGGCUAUUUGUCAACAUGCUAUGCCAUCAAGUACCCCAAGCGAGUCAACAAGCUGAUCCUGGUGUCACCUGCCGGAGUCGGCAAGCAACCUCCGGAGACGGUCCAACCUCGUCGUAGCCUAUUGUUCACCGUUGCCAGAUGGCUGUGGGAAGGCAGUGUGACUCCUCAGCAGCUCAUCCGGACGCUCGGUCCAUUCGGAACGAACCUCGUAUCGAACUAUGCCAACCGAAGAUUCGAGUACCUUGUCGAGCAGGAGAAAACCGACCUGACAAACUACAUCCACUCCAUCAGCGUCCUGCCUGGAUGCGGCGAGCAUGUCUUGUCGAGGAUUUUGGCGCCUGGAGCAUGGGCUCGAGUUCCCCUGCACGAUCGCAUCUCCAAGCUCUCGAUGCCCACGACGUUCAUCUACGGCGACGACGACUGGAUGGACUACAAGGCCGGCAUCGAGGCCGCCAAGACCAUGUCGGUGCCCGUCCGAGUCGCCACCCUCCGCGAUGCCGGCCACCAACUGUACCUGGACCAACCCGAGACCUUCAACCGCUAUCUGAUCUCGGAGCUGACGGAUGCGAGCGCGAAUCUCAACUUCGCCGAUGCCACCCACCACUAUGUUUCCGAGUGA